CUGCCGCCCAUCACGACAUUCUGCUUCGUCUUCGUCGCCUCGCACGAUGCUCACUCACCACCGACCACCAUCUGUGCUUUCCCAGGACGACCCCCUCUCCCUUGCAAUGCGUCCCCCAGCAUCAGAAACCGACGCUCAGCGUCAGGCUAGGCUGCUCGAGGAGGCGAACGCCCAGCGCCUUAGCGAUCUAAUUGACGAGCAGCUUAAGCAGGACAAGAAGAAGUUCGACAAGGCGAAGGAGGAUGUCAAGCUCCUACUCCUCGGUCAAGCCGAGUCUGGGAAAUCGACACUCCAGAAACAAUUCCAACUCAUGUAUAGCCCAGAAACACUCGAGAAGGAACGUGCCUCCUGGAGAGCCGUCAUUUAUUUCAAUGUCGCUCGCUCUGUCAAGCGGAUACUCGAGGCCGUCGACACGUACAGCGAUUUAAUUCCUGACGGGACCAACGCAUCAACUCUCACCGGGUCCGAUAGGACUCCCGAGGACUCCAGCGGCGAACGGGAAGGUAUCUUGCGUGCACGAGCGAACACUCUUCUGGGAGGCCGUCAUGGCUCUCCACCCGUUGGCACUCCCCUUCGAGGAUCCCCUGCUCCACCAUCUGACUUAGCCAACUCUGAAGCUCAUAACCAACUGCUCAAUCUCAAGCUACGCCUAUCACCCGUCGUCGCCGCAGAGAGCACCCUCGCCAAUCGUUUAACCGGAGGUGUCAGCGUGGCUGGCUCAGGCAAGGGCAGCGUCUUCGUCCGCAAAGGAUGGCAAUUUGGCGGGAAGUUCGGAGCCAAACGCCGGAGUCGGCAGAGCAUGGGUUCCAUCACCGCUCCCAAUCAAAUUGAAGCCGGGCGACGCAGCAUGGACAGUGAUCUCAGCGUCGCUAGAAGCGAUAGGCAGCAUGAGGUCUCCGACGAGCUCGUGGAGGAGAUCGCUCAGAUAUUAGAGGCCAGCCUCGUGGAUAUUCGAGCUCUCUGGGAGAGCGACGCUGUCCAGAAGUUGAUCAGCCGCAGACGUCUGCGGAUGGAAGAAUGGGCCGAAUACUUCAUUCGCGACAUAACUCGCAUUUCGGCUCAUGACUAUGUUCCUACCAUAGAUGAUAUUCUCCAUGCACGUAUUCAGACCAUGGGUGUGGCCGAACACGUUUUCGAUGUUCCUCUUCACGGUAGGACAGUUACAUGGCAUCUCUUUGAUGUGGGUGGCGCACGGGGCCAGCGACACACUUGGGUCCCUUUCUUUGAUGAUGCGAAUGCCAUCAUCUUCGUUGCACCAAUCUCUGCUUUCGACCAGUAUCUCGAAGAGGACCCACGCACGAACAGAAUCGAUGAUUCGCUACAAUUGUUUACACAAAUAUGUUCCAACCCCCUCCUCAAACAUGUACACCUAGUGCUCUUCCUCAACAAAGUCGAUGUCCUUCAGUCGAAGAUCGCCUCCGGAAUGCGCGUCAACAAAUACAUCACGUCGUACGGACAGCGCGCAAACGACCCUGAGAGUGUCAUGCAGUAUUUCCGCGCUCACUUCCUCCAAGUCCACCGUCGUAACAACGAACAGAAACGGGUGCUGUACACGCACUUUACCAGCGUUGUGGAUACGAAAACAACUCGCAGCAUCAUUGCGAAUGUUCGCGAUUCUAUCUUCCGUGGUUAUCUCAAGUCUGCCGCUUUGGUUUGAUUCCACCGGGCUGUAUUCGGUUUCUCAGUCUUCCUUGGUGUGCUCUGUGCUCUAUUCUCCGUAAUCCCUGCGUUACAGACGCGACGGAAGACAUCCCUUGUUCUCUUUCCCGCUGUUGUAUCUUGUCCCUUCCGCCUUACUUAUUCCAGACUGGUUUCCCCUCUCUCUCACUGUUUAUAUGUUUAUAUUUGUCCUCUACGUCCCUCGGAUCUGUGUCAUGUAACUCCUACUCUAUAGCUUCUCCUCGGACGAAACGAACGAACAAAACCGGGCUCUGUCUAUUUCUCUCUUGCAUAUAAUCGUUGACCGGCUGGCUGUCGUUAUCUUUUCGUUUCGCUUUGGUCUUCGGUUGUUGUAUUCUAUCCGCGGCUCGCGCUGUCUAACCUAAUGUGUGCUAUCGUUUCUCGUACCCACGUUGCCAAACGCCACGAAGCCCUUGCCCUUUAUCCUGUGCUUUUAUGUAACUCGGUGUUGUGUUUUAUCAUAAUCACACGUUUGUACUGGGCUGAAUUUUAUUUUAUUAUCUCCUUGGACAUACGUUACAUACGCUACAUGUAUCUUAUCGUUCUACUAUAUUUGAUCGUUCCUGUGCACUUCAAC